AAUGAUAAGAAAGACGAGCAGAUGCCCACCCCCCCACUUCUGAGAGGGCGAGCGGGAUAACUUUUCCUUCCGUAUUUUUCCCUCGUCCUGGCUGCUCCAGAUCGCGAUCUCGUCAGCUAGAUGCUAAUUUAGGGCUCUCUUUGGGUCGCACAGCUGGGGAGAAGAGGGCUUGAACCACCGGAGAAAAUGGGGGUUAUGUCCAGACGGGUUUUGCCUGUCUGUUGUAGCCUCUGUUGCUUUUGUCCUUCAUUGAGAGCAAGGUCAAGACAGCCCGUGAAACGCUACAAGAAGAUGCUUUCUGAGAUUUUCCCUCGUAAUCAGGAAGCUGAGCCAAAUUAUAGAAAAAUUGACAAGCUUUGUGAAUAUGCAUCAAGGAACCCUUUACGAAUUCCGAAGAUUACGGAGUACCUUGAGCAAAAAUGUUACAAAGAUUUGCGAAAUGGAAAUGUUGGAUCAGUUAAAGUAGUACUAUGUGUUUACAAGAAACUUCUUUCAUCAUGUAAGGAGCAGAUGCCCCUAUUUUCUAGUAGCUUGUUAAGCAUUGUCCAAACUCUUUUUGAGCAAACAAGGCAGGAAGAAAUGCAGAUCUUGGGUUGCAAUACUCUUGUUUACUGUAUAAGUUGCCAGAGUGACAAUACACACAUGUUCAACUUAGAAGGUCUAAUCCCUAGGCUCUGUCAACUUGCUCAAGAAGUGGGUGAUGAUGAAAGAUUCCUCCGGUUACGCUCAGCAGGAAUGCAGGCUUUGGCAUACAUGGUAUCUUUCAUGGGUGAGCACUCCCAAAUGCCAAUGGACUUUGAUAGUAUUAUUUCUGUGAUUCUGGAGAACUAUAUGGAUAAGCAGAGGAACCAAGAUCACAAAGAGGAUGCUGGUGAAAGUUUGGAAGUUGAGGGUGGAACUAUUACUUUUAAACCUAAUCAUGUGGUUGGCUUUCAUUCCGAAAACAUAGACACUUUGAAGAGCCCCUCUUACUGGUCUAUAAUUUGCCUUUGCAAUGUAGCCAAAUUAGCAAAGGAAACUACAACUGUUCGGCGUGUUCUUGAACCUCUUUUCCGUGCUUUUGAUACCAAGAAUUACUGGUCUCCACUAAAGGGAGUUGCCUCAUCUAUUUUAUUGUUUCUGCAGACUUGCUUAGAAGAAUCAGGAGGAAAUUGUCAUAUGUUGAUAUCAACUUUGAUCAAGCACUUGGAUCAUAAGAAUGUAGUGAAGCAACAAAGUCUUCAAAUCAACAUUGUUGCCACUGCCACAUACCUUGCACAAAAUGCAAAGCAGCAGGCUCCAGUCAUGAUUAUUGCUGCAAUAGCUGACUUAAUAAAGCACUUGCGGAAGUGCCUACAAAAUGUCUCUGAAUCAACUGUGCCUGCUGAUGAAAUGAAACAGAAUUCUGAACUUCAAUAUGCUUUGGAAAAUUGCAUCUGGGAGCUCUCAAAUAAGGUUGGGGAUGUAGGGCUCAUUCUUGAUAUGUUGGCGGUGGUUCUUGAGGCCAUAUCCACUAAUGUACUCACGGCUAGGACUACGACAUCAGCUGUUCUUCGAGCUGCACAUAUAGCAUCGGCUGUCCCCAACAUUUCUUACCACAAGAAGGUACUUCCUGAUGCAUUAUUUCACCAGCUGCUCCUAGCAAUGUCCCACGCAGAUUGUGAAACAAGAGUUGGGGCGCAUAAUAUUUUCUCUGUCCUACUUCUUCAACCUCUUCUUUUGCCUUUGUCAGAUCAACAUAAGGAAACAUCAGAAGCUGUUUCUGGGGUUUUGUCAGUCAAUGGAACCCAUAAAAUAAGGACCGAGAAUUGUUUACAGGAUGAAGAUAAAGGGAAAGCUGAAGCAUCCUUGAAUGGAGAACUGAGUAAACAAAACCAGACAUCUUAUUCCAGUGUACCGCAAUCUACAAGACAACAAUUUAGUUGUCAGUCAAUAGAUAGCUUCAAGGAUGUGGCUGGUCGUAUAAAGUCAUUAUCUUCGCUCCGACUGAGUAGUCACCAAGUGAAUCUGCUACUUUCAUCACUGUGGAUUCAGGCAACUUCUAGUGAAAAUACUCCUGCAAACUUUGAGGCCAUGGCCCACACGUAUUAUAUCACUCUACUGUUUUCACGAGCUAAGACAUCAAGCCACGUGGCUCUAGCAUGGUGCUUUCAGUUGGCAUUCUCUCUUCGAAAUCUAUCUUUGGCUCAAGAUGGAGGUAUGCAUCCGUCUCGUAGAAGAUCUCUCUUCACGUUUGCAUCAUGUAUGCUCAUUUUCGCAGCCAAGGUUUGUAAUAUCGUGGAGAUAAUUCCGAUUGUCAAAUCGUCUUUAACUGACCAAACGGCUGAUCCUUAUCUUGAGCUGGAAGGAGAUACCAGAUUGCGUGCUGCUUGUGCUGGAUAUCCACAGGAAGAAACGGCAGUAUACGCAUCUGAGGAAGAUGAUGUCACUGCUUUCAAUUCCCCUUUAGCGAUAGAGUCUGACGACAACUGCUUGAAGGAAAUUGUGAUUUCUCACUUUGCAGCUAAAUUCAAGACAUUAUCAGAGGAUGAGGCAUCAAACUUGAGAAAGCAAAUUCUGUCAGAAUUUUCACCAGAUGAUGCACACCCGCUAGCUGCACCAUUGUACAUGGGCACACCAGAACACAAUUCACCUAUUAACCAAACAAAAUUUCCAGCCUUUGAAGAGGUUGAGCUUUCAACUACGGUAGCAUAUGAAGAAACUUUGCCAGAGGUUAAUGGAUGUCAGUCUGAGCGCAGAACUUCACUGUCCACCGACACAUACACAGCCGAUAUUCUGGGUGUCAAUGAGCUGUUAAAAUCGGUGUCUGAAACUGCUCGAAAAGUUGCUAGUUUCCCUGUUUCAUCCAUACCAAUACCAUAUGACCAAAUGACGAGUCAAUGUGAAGCACUUGUGACGGGUAAGCAGCAAAAGAUGUCGGUACUUCAAAGUUUCAAACUCGAAGAAACAAAGGCAAUAUCUUCCAUCUCAGAAGAUGAUGAAGAGAAGGAUGAGCUCUUGCUGCUCCAAGGGAUGGAAACUGCAGAUGAUGGUCUGAAGCCAAUGACAUUGGCUCCAGUUGACACUUGUAACCAGCACUCUACCUGCAAACUAGAAGCGGGACAGAACAAUUUCCGGCUGCCGCCUUCAAGCCCUUAUGAUAAAUUCUUGAAAGCCGCUGGUUGCUGAAAAGGGUGCACCCUCAAAUCUGCCAUACGUAUACAUAUUAAUAUAAGAUAUAUAUAUACACACACAGAGAGAUAUAAUGUAAUCUUCUACUACUUCCAUGUUGAUAUCUUCUCUUGGUUGUCUCUGGAAACAAAUCAUAUUUGAUUCAUUCCGUUUCUGUAUUGUGAUAAUCUUAUGUAAUAAAGAAAUCAUUUGUUGUAAGAACGUUGAGUAAUUUAUGCAGAAUUACGUUUUGGUA